CCCAUGAUCGCGCGCAAGCCGUCCAAUAAGGCUCAGCAUGCGACCCCCAUUGCACACGUGGAGUGACAGCAGCGUCCCAUCAUCAUCAGCCCGCCGCUCGCAACUUUCUCUCUCUCUCUCACACACACUCACUCUCUCUCCUCCCCCCUCCCCUGAUAUAUGAUGUCAUGUAAGGAUGAGGGUGGCUUCUGAGGUGAGAUAGGGAUUUUGGUGAGUGGCAUUCUCCACGACCCGAGGCUUCGGAGCUACAAAACAUGGUCAUCACCACCUUCUCCACCUCAAGUCGUGUCUCCGCGCUCUCUCCCCGUUCUUCCGCCGCUCUCAUCUCGGGCCACCGUCGCAUGCCCGAAGUCCUGACCUGCCUCGCUAAAUUAAGCCUGCACCACCAUGCCGAGGGAAGAAAAACUAGAAGAGGGGUAUUUUUAGUGCCAUUAAUUUUGACCACGUGCCCCGAAGGUAAACCCGAUGGCCAUUGCGCAAAGGCUCCUCAUCAGUAUGUCCUGCGAGGCCAACGCGCAACACUGGCCAAGGACUGCCGUUCUGCUCUUGGGAUUGCUCCUAGUUGGGAUUGUGUCCUCCAGUCCGCUUCCGAGUAGGACUAAUAAGACAACUUUACUGGAGAAGCGAUGGGAGAGCCUCUUCUCCCGCUCCAUGCUGGGGAUCUCUGGAGAGAGGCCAGAGGCGAACUGGGAGAAUGACUAUUUGCUGGGCAUCAAAAGAGUGCGGAGGCUGUACUGCAAUGUAGGCAUCGGGUUUCAUCUUCAGGUCCUCCCAGACGGCAAGAUAAACGGUGUACAUAAUGAGAACCAGUACAGUCUCAUAGAGAUCUCCACUGUGGCCAGAGGAGUGGUUAGCCUGUACGGUGUGAAAAGCGAGCUGUUUGUCGCAAUGAAUAACAGAGGAAGGUUGUACGGAACGGCUACCUUUAAAGACGAAUGCAAGUUCAAGGAGACCCUGCUGCCAAAUAACUACAAUGCCUACGAGUCCUCCGUUUACAAGGGAUUCUAUGUCGCUCUCAGCAAACACGGCCGAGGGAAGCGAGGCAACAAGGCCACCACCGCCAUGACGGUCACCCACUUCCUCCCGCGAAUAUGAGCAGACUCUUGCAAUAAUUUUUCAUUUGCACUGAUCUCCCCGAGAGAUCUGAAAACUGACACACAAACAUACAAGGAACUGCAAGAAUAUCACCAAAAUAGUACUACUUCUUUUUUUAUAUGUAUAUUUGGAUAGGUCAGCUUUUUAUUAGGAUCUCUGAAUAUGCUCUCCGUCGCUGCUUACUUCUUUUAUUUAUAUAUAUAUAUUAUUGAUUAUGGAUGUGGAGGCUCUCCCAGCCUUCCUUUCUGUAAUCAGGUGCUUGCCAAGAAUCGAACAGACUCUAGGAUGGAUGAUGGAAGUCCUCCUCUGCUUUUUACAGUGAAAUUAUGUUUUUUAUUACCUCAAAGAGCUACCUAGAUGGUUUAAAAGGAUGCAUGAAGUUACGCUUGUUAUUUUUAGUUCUGUCUGAGCCAACACAAGCAUAACGAGUCUUUAUUUUUUUUUUAUCUUUGAUUUUAUUUUCUUUCUGUUUUUCUCAUGCUGUGGGGUUGUGUGAGCACUUAAAAGAAAGCAGAUCUCUCUUGCUGCAUGUCGCACUGAGGUGCCUUGGCAUUCCCGCACACCGCCCCUUUAACAUGCAUGCUCUGAACGCCCCGGGGCGUCAGAAAUAGGGCUGAUAUGUUAGCCAGGGCCCCGCGGGGACUGUCCCACAAGGGCCCCGGAGAGGGGCGAGGGGGAUGGGUGUGCAUCUCUGCUUUAUUUUACUUUUCUCUAAUUAGAGAGCACGUAUGAGACACGAGAGCAGCUCGUAAACACUGAUCAUCUCUGGUGUUCGGCAUCAUCUGCUGUCGACUCAGAAAUGAGGUGUAACUUUAGCCCCUUUCACUGGUAAUCCCAGUAAAUUGCUGUAAAAAUUACCAGAAUGACUUUUCCAGUACGCAAUGGCUUUGUACUGCUAAGAGAUCAUUCAUGCAUCAGUACCAAAAUACCGGUAAACUCUGUGAUGUCAGUCAUUGCAAAUGACGUAGUACUUUUCUUCAUUAGCUCGUAUGCGUUUUGGUUUAACUAUCAUUUCAAUUUGAUAACAUUUUUUGUCUUCUGAGUGACAACCUGUUUCCUCCACCAAAUAAAAAAAUAAAACAAGUAAUUGCAACUUUUUAUCGCACAAUUUGGACUUUGUUCUUGCAACUGCAAGUUUACGGUUAGUAAACAUUUCGCAAGAGAAAAGUCCAAAUUGUGAGGUACAACCUUGCAAUUGCAAGAGAAAAAUCCAACAUUGUGAAAUAAAAAGUCCCAAUUACCUUUUUUAUAUUUUAUUCCGUGGCAGAAAGAAAAAAAAAGACAGAAUUCCAAGAAAACUAAUUAAAAUUGUGAGAUGUAAACUCACAAUUCUGAAAAGUUGUGAGAAACAAUUGUGAGAUAUUUCUCCCAAUUGCGAGAAAAAAACGAGAUGGUCCUCACAGAACACAAGAUCCAGGGGGUGUGGUUGGAUCCUCCCACUUUACAUAUACCUAAACCUACCCGUCUCCACCCCCUAGAUGUGGAUCCAACCCCGCCCCUGGAUCUUUGUUCUGCAGUGAGGGGCUACUGGAAAAAACAUCAGAAUUGUGAGUGAAAUCUUUACAAUUAUCUUUUUUACUGUGGCAGAAAAAAACUGAAUUGUGAGAUGCAAACAGUUUAUAUCUCACAAUUUUGAGAAAAAUUUCAGAGAAAACAUUCAGGGUUGUGAGAUUAAAAAGUCUGCCUUUUAUUUUUUUAUACCGUGUCAGAAACAGGCUUCCAUAAAUGGUCACGCAGAACGUAAUAGUAUCCAAAACACUGCUAGAACUGAUUUACCGGUAUUUUUUUUUAAAAAGUCCUGUUGACACAUGAUCUCCAAACUGUAAUUUACCAGUAAUUUACCUGUACAGAUAGUAUGCGUGAAAGGGGCUAUUAUCUUUUCUAGCUGAACCCCUAUUGGAGCUUUGAGGCUGUACAUUUUAUUUGUGGACUAGACUGUUUUUGCAAUCAGAAUUAAACUUUUUAUAAAGAAAACAGGAAAAAAUAACUAAAAAAUGAGAUACCUACAGGGGAACUGAUGCAAGCGCACACUGAAAAAGUUAAAUAUGGCCGGUUUGAUUAUACUAUUGCUUACCACAGGUUUGCCUGAACAAAAGGAGCACUUGAAAAUAAGCUUUAAGCGUUGCUGUGAAUGAGAACGUCUUCUAAACCAAUGAAAAUACUGUAAAUACUUACUGUGCACUGAAAACGCCAGUAGCCCGGAGCUUUGUUGCUUGUUGCUUAAGGCACACUGCCAUCCAUGAUGGUGUCUGAUUCAAGGGAAUACGUGCAGUAAAUGUUUAUUUAUUUUUGCUUCUGGUGUGAGUAUAUGUGUGUGCACCUGUCCAUGUGGAUGCUUGCGUGUGUGUGUGUGUGUGUGUGUGUGUGUGAAUCCUGGUCGAGGGGGCAGGCGAGUCUGGCUCUUUCCUGUUGCUGCAGAGGCACUGCAGUGGCACUCGCGACUGCUGCUCUAUGCAAAUGUAAUUACAGGGCAGACACCGUGUGGCAUCCGAACUGAGGGACGCUCACUGUUUUUUAUGAUUUUGGUAUGUCUGCUUUUGUUUGCAUCAGUUUGUCACCAAAUGUCACCCCACCCUUUUUAUUUAACCCUUGUGCUGUACUGAAAACCUUUACCUAAUUUGGUGUUUCCGGUCUAAAAUGACUGGCCUUGUGAAAAUUGCUUGUAAAUCUCAUGUUAAUACUAUAUUAUCACCAAAUCUUGCAUUCAAUCUUUUAGUCGACUUGUUUUCUUUCAAUUAACACAGAUUUUUAUUUAGGGACUGGUUGGUCGUAGGCCUCAUUGAUCUGAGCUUAUGCACCUCAGUUUUUGAGUGAAAAAACAUUAUUUGUGGAUCAUUUUGGCAUCGGUCACUCAAAAACUGAGGUGCAAUGACACCCUUGAUCAAUCAGUUCCAAAAACAAAACUCAUGUUAAUUCAAAGAAAACAGGUUGAUAAAAAGAUUGAAUCCAAUUUUUGGCAAAAAAAAAUAACAUGAGAAACUUGUUAGCAAUUUUUUUGUAGGUCGUUCAUUUUAGAGGUGGAACAAGGUGGGAAAAAAAAUUAUUUGGGGGAAGUUGCUAUACCCUGCGUGAGCAACGUCAGUAAGUUUUAGUCCAAUGCGAUAACAUUAACUAGCAGUUUUGAUAAUAGAAAAUCUCUCCGUGUCACAGCAUGAGGGUUAAAGGGAAAGGAACCGAAAGGAAUGACGUUAUUUUAGAAAGACUUAUGGCCUGGUUGUUUGUUCAAUCUGUUUGAAGUAUGUGGGGGUGGAAUACCUGAGCAGAGGCCAUGCUGGUGACGUCUCCCUCGCAACAUGGGUAGUCUUGUAAAAGCCACUGUGCACAGAAGCCUUGAGAUUCCGGUAGUAGCACUAGCGUUCUUUAGGGUUUUCCAUCCAACUUUAGUCCAAGGUCGUAGCCAUGGAGUUGAACUGGUGGAAAACAUCCGUCCAAGGUCUUGUUUCUUUUUCUCAAGUCCAUUGUGGUCUCAUUGUCAUGUGUUUGUAUCCAUGCUGCAUUCAGUUAAGGUUGUUCUUAACUGAAUUACCAUUGCUCUGUUGGGUGAAUUCCAGUAAUUUCAACAUGAAAUCAUGCAGUCGGUUCCCUACACAGAUUUGGUCAUGCAAAAUUGCACUGAACAACAUAAAGCUGCUUGGUUUUAAAGUGAUUUCUGUGUGAGCUGUGCUUCUUACAUCUCUACACUAAAUGGAUCUUUUUUUCCCCUAAAUUUUGUCUACAGUUUAGUCAGCAUGAAAUCAAAAUCAUCCCUAUUUGCUUUCUUCACAUCAGUUCCUGGUCUUAUUGAGAUUUAUUGAUCCACAUUAUUCCAAAAAAAAAAAGAAAAAAAAGUUUGUCUCUGUAAUGUUUUAGCAAAAUAGUAAAUGGCCACUGUUCAAGAUUUAAAUCAUUUCUGACGGCUAAAAUCAAGUCCAGUCCUAUGUUUUUUCCCCCAUUAAAUAUCCAUUUUCACUCAGAAGUUCAUCGGAUUAGAAAAGUAAAUUGGUUACUGUUUCAUGUUAACUUUAAGAAUCUGAGGCCAGACUUUUCAGGUCACCACGAAUCCAAACAAAUUCAACUCGAUCUCACGAGAAAACAUUUUUUACACGGUGGCGAUUUCAUAUUAAUGUGAUUUGUACAAAAUUGUACAAUUUUCCGAAAAUAGUAAGCAUGACGCUUCACUCCUAAACCUAAGCAACAGGUCGUACGAAAACAUACCGAUAUGAAUUAGUCACCAGUUCGCCAAACAUAAAACAGCUUUGAAUUGCAGUGAGAUUGUGUUCGGUGAAUCCAGUAGUGCUAUGACCCUACUGGGUUAUUCACACUCGUUUGCUACUAUAUGGAAAGGAAAGUUUUUGUGGGACUGGCUUCUUCCUCUAGCACAGUAAAUAUAUCAGGACAGACCUCUGCAGGACUGACGCAAUACUUUAGGGAGACAAAAAAAGCCGAUCGUUUUGGUCUCUGCCAAGCUGCUUGUUUUGUGGUCUCAUCUGUGAAUGUUUCAGUAUUCAAGGGCAUUCAGUCAUUACUUGUACAUUAGCAAGUUUCUUGUCAACAAUGUGCCAUUGAGGUCUGUAUUUAGCUGAUGUGCCUCAGAAUUCAUAUCACUGUGAGUCCCAGUGAGACUUGCACACUUACGAAAACAAUAAAACAACAUUUAUAGGACAGAAAUGUAGCUAUUUAACAGCCAUCUACGGUCACAGCUUUUACCAUCAUCUAACAUUUUGGCUUUGGUUUCACAGAAAAGUUCAACUUCAUUAAAACCUUAUUUUAAAUAAAGUAACUCAAGUGUAAUGGGUUUGGCAGACUGGUACCAAAAUACUGCAAGUCAACUUAUAUAAAUGUACUAUUUUAAUACAGUACGUCUUUUGAAUGUGUUAUAAUGAUGCAUUAGGAAUUGAGGAGUUAAAUCAGGGAGCCAAAUGUUGCUGUUUCUUUCAUUUGUGUCCUGCUUCUGACAAUACCAUCUUAAGUCUGUGAAGAAUGAGCGAUGUGUGUGAACAUUUGGGAAUCGGAGCCAUCUGAUAUGCUGAUGUAUGUCACUUGGAUUUAUAGCAACAGCUGUAAAAAUGUUUAUUGGGCAUAGAAUAUAGACACCAGUUUCCUGGUACACUCUGGACUCAUGAGAAAAACGUAUGUGCAUGAAUGACUGCAAGCUGUCACUGGCUGAAUCCUCUUCACAUAUGCAGGCAGGGUUUCUGGAAUCUGUGGAGCACCAGAGGCAUUAGAACGGGAUGCCAAUUUGUUGGACUGUCUUUGUUUUGAAAUGGCUUUGUGUGGCUGAUCCUGUUACAGUGAAGACCCCAUAUCUGUGAGGCCUCAUUAAUCAUUUAGUGUGAUUUCUGGAUUUUUCUUUUCACAUUUUUUUUCCACUAGCAUACCACAUACUUACUUUUAUCUAUUUUCUCUGAUGAAAAUGGUAUCCAAAAAUGGUAUGCAUACUUUUAUUAAUAUUACAGUAAUAUCAUAAAUUAUAUAUAUAUAUUCUUAAAAAGUUUUCAUUAUUUAUUUUAAUAGUAGGGUAUAUUAUACUCAUUAUACUCAGUUCAUAUCCAAAAUAUGAACUGAGUUGCCAUUCUGCACAUCAGUAAAAUCCAGGAUUUUGUGUGGCUGUAUAUUAAAAGUGUGUUUCUGUCCGCUCCUCUUUAUAAAGACAUCUCUCACCCCUGCCUUAGUUAUAAUUUCUUGCAAUGAUUUUUUGAAAGUAGGAAACUGAGGACGUAAUCAUGUGUUCCUGAGUACAAGCGCUGAUGCUAUGUAUAAAUACAGAUAUAUUUGAGAAAAAUAUUUUUUUCCUUUACUUUUCUACGUAUGUGCUGUGCACAGCAGUUUAAUCAUAUUCCUGAUGUUAAUAAAAUUAUUUUCUUUUCUUUUUUUUUUCUUUUUUUUCAUUUGCGUGUGUUUUUGUUUCACAUUUUAAUUAUGCUCAAAGUAGCGAGUACAGUGAGCAGUCAUGCACAGUGUGCCCAGAACUGAUUCUUUUCUAGAAAUACCGCUGUCAGGAUGUCACACUCAUACAUGAUCAUUUAUACAACAUGACAACAGUUCAAUAAACUACU